CAAUAAAAUAAUCCAGGGUCACAUAUUCCCCACAAACUCUCAGUAGAGCAACCAACUCACUUCCGCCCGAUCACGGAGGUGAAUAACAUACAAGAAACUGUAGUAGCGAGUUGAGCUCCGUGUAUAGGAGGCCAUUUCGACAAAUUCCUGUCUGGGAGUGUAGAGUAAAACUUCUUUGUUUCUCAGAGUGGCGUGACGAGCCGUCUGAAAACAUGAACUAUCAUGGACAACGGGAUAUGGACCUGGCUGUUCAGCUAGCGAGGGACAUUGGAGCUUUAGAAGAUGCUUCCAUGAACUACGUCCGAAGUCGACGGGCUACCAUACAGCUUCUCCGUGACUUAGCUGAUUACCUCCAAAAACAUCAUCAUCGUGCAAAAAUAGCCAAGGUUGUUGGAGGUUCAGUAGGGGUCGUGGCCUCGGGAUUGGUCAUUGGUGGCUUUGUUGCCUCCUUUUUCACCUUUGGCGCUUCACUGCUUGUUGCCGGUGUUGGGGCUGGUGUUGGAGCUGCUGGUGGGUUGACCACCGUGGGAGGCUUCCUCACGGAAAUCAUCACGCAAAAGUUAACCACUACCAGCGCUAAAAAAAUACUUGAGCAUGACAAAAUUGCAUGUGAUAACCUCAAAGCGGCCCUUGAGCGAGUUGAAUCGACCUGGCGUAGUUUGAGAGAUGCGGGCAGGGUUGUUGUCGGCUUGGCUUCAGGGGGGAGGCAAAUCUUCAACGUGGUGGAUUCCAUCUACGAUCUGGUCAGGGUGGGCGCAGUUGCCUUUCAGGCGGGGGAGGUGGCCAGUCAAACAGCAUUCAAGGCGGCGAGUACGGUGGGGCGGGGUAUGGCGGUCGUGGGUGUAGCAUUCAGCGUGAUUGCAAUCCCGCUGGAUCUACACACGGUAAUUACAUCCAGCAUAGCCAUUCACAAUCGAACGGUGCCCGAAGUGGCACGUGUUAUCCUGGAGAAAGCCAAGGAGCUAGCAGAAAACUGUCCAUCGGAAGAGGAAAUGCAUGCGCACGUUACACGAAUUAGAGGCGCUCUGCAGCAUAUUUAGGGCAAGUUAUGCGACUGAUAUCGAUAACGCAAGACUUGGUACAACCUGGAGGCUAAAACACAGAGUAUAAGGCUUUCCGUUCAAUUAAAACAAACUUGUUACCCGAAGAAGCUUCUGAGUCAAUUAUCAAAAAUUGGAAUGCCGUUUAACAUUAUAUUCAACUGUAAAAGACAGUUUAUAAUGUACAUGUACAUGUAGUUUUAUUGUACAGGGUCGUUAUAAGAGGGCCGUUGAAUUUUAAAAACACGGUCAUGACAAUUGAAAUAUUAUAUAUAGUGAUGUAAUGCCUAUAUACUGAGCCUUUACUUUAAGGCGACCGGAGGGUUUGUUUUUCGCAGCAGUCUCGGCCCUGGUCUUAAGGGGUAAAUGCCUUUCCAUUUGAGGGUUUUGCUCUUAAAGGCCCUUUAAUGUUGAAUUUUCCAGAUAAAAUAUUGGAGUAAUAUUGCCAUUCUGCAAACAUACAACUUGAACUUAGAGUUGGCUAUGAGCUAUCACACAAUAGUCUACAAGGUCCGCAGUAUCUCAUUUAAUCAUGUUUUACCACUUGCAAAGGUGGACAAAACGCGAUAUAUAUGUGCACUUUCACUUUUACUGAAUUUUACUUUGUUACCUUGAUAGCCUGGUACAUUUUGCUUCCCCCUAAAAAACUAAGUUUCUGUAUACAUGAAUUUAUUAGGCCAAGGAGGUGAACACAUCACAAAAAGAAAGUAUAUAUCCACUUUUUGUGGGACCCUGCAUUUAAUUUUUAGAAUUCAACAGAAAGUAACAAAGUCUGAUUGAAGCGACAUUUAUUUCCUCACAUUUAGUCAUCUCACUUGUUUUAGUAGCACCAAUACUGAUGAAGUAUGCAGCGAUCAUAUGAAUACAAAAGUACACAUAUUCCUUUGUUGUACUUAGCCCUUUAUACCCAAGAAUGAAUAACAGUCUGCCACUUCUCUUUCCCCCUUAAAAAGACAUCCAAAAUCUGAGCAUCUCAUGCAAUUUAUUAUUGUUAACGCUUGCAUCAACAAGUGUGAGGUCAUCCUUCACAAUAACCAGUAAACCUAUUAGGAUGUUUGUAAAAUAACGUUCCGUGCAUAUCAAAUCUGCCUUAAAAAUCACAACUGCCAGAGGCAGGUUUGCUAUUACAUGUAUAGCGGGUUUAAAAGCAUUACUCAAUCAUGGCAAAAUUAGUAACAUCUACAUCAUGUAUGUGUACUUAUUCGUUUAUGGGUGGAGGACUGAAGUGAAACGAUGGAAUCUGCGUGCUUUUGCAGUCAGGUAGCCAUACGCAUCAAAGAGGGCGCUGACUACUUGUAGCUGUCUAAAUACCGUUUAGUUUUGCUGUUGGUAGCUAAAUAUCUACUAAAGUAUUCAACACUAAAUGUUGAGUACUUGUAUUAACUGCUAGAAUUCCUCCUAAUUUAAGGCUGAUAAUGCAAAAGUGCCUUUCGAAGCAGAAAUUUUCGCCUUGGGGCACCGUAUGAUAUUAUAAUAUAGAUUAUGACACAUCACCCACAGACUGUAUCUUUAUUGGCUGAGAGCCGGUCAUGUCAAACGCCAUUCGCUAUUUUUGCUCUUUUGGUUUUCAUGACCGGAGGAACUAUACUAUAGCAACCAAAACACUAUACCCAUAGCAAGAACUAUACGCGUGGCCACUGGCAUUGUACCACAGAUAACAGAAAUAUAAUUCUCUGAUAUUAGUGCAUUGCACUGGUACUAGCGUUCCGUGAAUGGGUAGUUUGGAAAUUAAGAAGUGGUAAAGUUUCAACAAAUUCUUGAUUCAGACGAGCGCACUUUUUAUUUAAUAUGUUCCGAUCAAAUCAAUCAGUUAUCUCAUAAAGCAAGCAAAAGCUGUGGGUGACGUGUUAUAUGACAAAUACUGCCUUCUUAGGUCGAGGUGUAGUAUAGCAUAGCCUCUCGGGGUGAUCUAUGGGGCAUUCGAUUUUCUCGAAUUUUGUUUUUCAAGGGAGGCACCAAAAGACAAUUAAGCUGCAGCAAAGGUUAUUAAAUGGAGGCACCCGGAGGUGCGGGUAUUCGCGGGGGGGGGCACAUGCCCCCGUAGUUACGCCACUGAGCCGAGGUAAAAUAGACUGUUUCACAGUAUCCAUUCUAUCGGUAUUGAUCGAGGGUCAUGCUGAAGUUUAGGGAGACGUGCAUUCACUCUGAGUUUUCCCGGAAUGGAACAAAAUCUAAAAAUUCACCGUAGGGAUUUGUGCGUUUUGUUUUCAGUAGCAUGCAGAUGUAUUCAUUAUGUUACGCAUUUUGUGCCAGAGAAACUAGUGCACUGUGGGUCUUUUUUGUCUGAAAAUAGUUUUGCAUUAAGUUUUUUAAUGGUCCAUGUUACAAGUUACAGGUUGUUAAUAAAAUCGGUAAAUCUGGAUUUUAGGUUUCAAAAAUAUCGAUUUUAAAAUCUUGUAUAUUACAUUAUGUAAAUAGUUCCCGACAUUUUGCAAAGUCAUUUGAAAUAUAUAAUAUUGUUUACGAAAAUUUUUGCUUACGUCACGUCGGUUUGCGCUAUGCCAAAUGUUGGCAGCAUAAUUAUUGACAAUAUCAUUUACAGAGGUGCAUGCUUUGUUGUUUUUAUUAAAAGUAGGAAGUGAGGUCUAAAAUGUUACAAAUGAUAAUAAUAUUAUUCACAGAAAUUA